AUGAAUACCAUCCUGUUCUUGGGUUUCCUGAGUUUGGCUGUUACUCACUUGGCUGAUAAGAAAAAUGAAAAUUCUGGCACUAAGUUUUUGGCCUACCUGAAAUCUGACUACCAGCCUUGUGUGGGCACCUUAAUCCACCAGCAGUGGGUGGUAACAGCUGCUCACUGCUACCUACCGUACCUUCAGGUGAAAAUAGGUACUCAAAAUGAAAACAUUAAGGGUUGGCUCCAGGAUCAGGAAAUAAACUAUGAAUUUCUCUUCCGACAUCCAAAUUUCACAGCAGACUCUCCCGAACAUGACAUAAUGUUGAUUAAGCUGGCCAAGUCCGACAAUCUUCACAUGCUGGUAGAUCUGCCUACUAGUAUCAAUGACCUAGAUGGAUCAAUAUGUAUUAUUUCUGGCUGGAGUCAGAACUGGAAAUAUCCUUUCAUAGAUGAAGACAUUCAGAUAAAUCAAAUGGCUCAGUGGCUUUCUCCCAUUCAAUGCAAGGGAGCCUCUCCAAGAAACAUCACUGUUGGGAGCAUGAACAACAUGUUCUGUGCAGGAAUGUAUCCACAUCAGCAGAACUUCUGUCAGGAGGUGCCUGCUUCUGCAGCCAUUUGCAAAGGACAGCUCCAUGGGAUCCUAUCCUGGACAGAUGGAUGUGUUCUGAAAGGGGAUAUUGGCUUCUAUACCAAAGUAUACAGAUACAGAAACUGGAUCCUUGACAUUAUUGAGAAAAAUUGA